GCCGACUAACUGUUGAGUGCGUGGAGGCGGCAGAGGGGCGCAGGUCUGUGACUGGCUCUCGGGGCACUGGCGAGUUGGGCUGGCGGUGUCAGUGUGCGGCCGGGCAGCAUGACGAGCGAACCGCCGCCGCAGCAGCGUCACGUGCACCGCCGACGAAGAAACCGCGGGCCGACGCGCAAGCACCACGCCAUGGAGCCGCCGCUGCCGCCAGAAGCCCUCACCGCUUCCAGGAUAUUAUCUCCGUAUUUCGACGGCGGUAUCUUUUCGGGGAACAUCGAUCUUUUCAGACGCAAAAAACCGCACAACCCGCUGCCAGCGCCGUCACCUGAUCCUCCGGGCAUGGGCGAGGACGACCCCACAGCAGACGACAGCAGCGGCCUCAUGGGCUCCGGUGAGGUUACAGGUGUGGGGAACGCCACGGCUGUGGGCACGACGCGCGGGAGUGGGGCGCCGCUGGUGCGGGCCGAAGAGGCGAUGAUCGUGUGCCUGGUGCUGCUGCUGUGGGUGGGCGCGAUCGCGUUGUUCUUCAACCGCUGGGGCAAGAUCCGGAUGCUGGAGCCGUACCAGCCCAAGUUCCAGCCGUCGUCACACCGGCCGUCGUGUCCGCUGCUCGAGAUGCCGGCGGUGGCGCCGACGGCGUCGCCGCCCUCCUGCCCGCUCAACCAGCGGCUGCAGUGCUCCAAGCUGAACGUCAGUCUCGACUCGGCCGCCGCCGGGGGCGUGUGCCCCCACGGGCACCGGCCGCGCCAGAACUCGGUGUUCGUGGCGGCGCCGUGCUUGGCCGCGCACCUGGCGCCGCCGCCGCGCAAGGCCAAGAGCGCCGUCGACCUGCAGGAGUUGUUCCUCGAGCACGAAGCCUCCGAGCUGCUCCGCCCCCGGCCGCUGCUCUUCCGCGCCGGGGGCGGCAGACGCGCGUCCACGCUGCUGCCGCCGCUGCUGCCCACCGUGCCCGACCUGCCCCUCACCGUCGAGCCGCCCACGCCGACCCCCGACUCGGCCCCCCAGCCGCCCCCGCACCACCACCCCCAGCAGUGCCACGUGGUCGUCGAGACGCCCCCGAAGCCGCCCCCGCCGCCCGCCCCGGCCAUCCUCCGCGUCACGCACGUCUGAAGCGCUGCGCAGACGCGUUGGAGGAGGCCGGGGGGCGGCCCUCGUGCACAAAAACUCGGACACUUUUACGGACACGACUCGUCGACGCGCCAAAAAGCUUCUGCUCCCGCUUUCCGGCUGCCAAUUCUUCGAAUCGAACUUUUCCUCGGCUGGAAAAAUUAGCCGCCUCUUUUCCUGGGUUCGCAAACACCCGCAUUUUCCGGUUAAACCAACUGCUAUAAUUUUCACAUUUUUCUGAAACACGUUCAAAUUGUCAAAAUAUGUGAAUUAAAAAAUGCGAUUGUAAAAAUAGAAAAUAAAUCUCUAGAUGGAAUGAUGAAAUUUUCAAGAUUGAACGACCAGAAUUGAAAAAUUAUUCAAACACUAGAAACACUAGUCCGAAGACAAAAAAAAAGAAUAUUUCAAUUCGCUCACGGCCAAUUAGAGGCUUAAUCAGCAAAUCUGGCUACGAAAUUACCUCACUAAGACACUCUAGGGAAAUUUUGGUCCAUCUAGAGUUUAAUUACUUUCCAUUUAUGAACCUAAAAAUAACCUUUCCGCAAUUAUUAAUUCCAUAUUGGUCUCCUUGUGGCUAAAAUAGGAAAAUUUUUAGCUUCAUGUUAAGAUUUAUCUUUUUUAAUUGAUCAAAUUGAUUUUUCAAUAUGUAGUCACACAGACAAAAGGCAUGGAAGGCUUAAAAGCAAUUAUUUAAAAAAAUAUAUUUGGGAAAAUGUGGAUAAAUGCGUGUUUUUGUGCGAAAAACGGUUGGCAAAAUUGGUGAACCCUGUCUGACGCCACAGCUGACUGACGUUUGUGGGGCCACCGUUGGAGCCAUCAUCAGGUCUUCAAAGUUACAAAAAAUUCGAGCAGUGCUGUGGCGUCGCACUCGAAGCUUUUUUACCCUCAAGUCGUUUCGAACUUUUCUCUAUUCGUUGGGCUGCGUGUUUAGGUUUUUCAACUUUUUUCGUGGUACGUGUUUAGAAUAAAUUGACUCGCAUUGAGCACGAAUAACGGAAUUGCAGGAAAUUAAUGUGAAUUUUGUUAUUUUAGGCCCAAUUUUUUGUACCUGUAAAAAUCAAGACUUUCACAAUCAAGAAUGGGUAUAGAUUUAUGAUAAAAUACACAUUUAAAAAAUAUUUCUUUUUGUUUCUACAGAGUUUUAGGAUUCUUGGAAUAAAAAACUGUCUAAAUUUUAUCAGGCAGCUGUAUUAAAAACGAAAUAUUUGAGUUUUAUCCAUUUUAUUUGUUUGAUUUGUCAAAAAUGUAUUUUUUAAAUCAUAAUUUUCAGCUGCCAAUCAAAAUUCCUAAAUAAGUUUUAAUUUUAAUUUUCAAAGUAAGCUAAAACAAAGUAAUUUCAACUAUUGUAAGUGGCAAAAAGUAAAAAAAAACUCGCCAGCUCUAUCCAUUCGUGUCUCACCCUGCGUUCUUUAGUGUUUUAUGAAGGAUUAAAACUCUUCAGGGGAUUGUGUCUGACACUUCCUCACCGAACCGUGUAGCGUUUAGCUGAUACUCGUUUGUUGUGUCAAAUGAUUAAUCAAAAAUGUCAGCGUGUAAGGUUAAUUUUGAAGUUCAACCAGGCUGAACCUGAUUUUUCAAUCAGGAAAUAAUUAUUGAAUCGGUAAAUGCCUCUGCGACUGCAUUGAAAUGGAAAGUUGUAACAGAAAAGGUUUUCUCUAAGAAGCUAAAUAUUUCCCAGCUCCAAAGUUUGUUAGAAAAUCAAGCGGAGAACACUGUCUCUCUAUUUAAAAUCAGAAUUAAUUUUAACAAAGGGAAAUUUCACAUCGAGAGGAAUCAAAAUUAAUUAAAAAUAAUAUUCAGAAACUGUCUAAUUUUUUUAAUAAAAAUUUGGUUAAACUCUGAAAUUUUAAGCCUAUAGAUAAUAUUAUUUUUCCAACUAAUCCAAUUUAAUUUUUAUCACUGCCUUGUAUCAAUCCACUUUGAAGUGCAUCGAUCGCAGAGAGUAAUUUUUAUUUACGGUCCCAAUUAGUGGUGGAGAGCAAGCCUCUCAAAAGUCAGAGUGCGCUCUUUUCAACAUCCGCAACUUUGAUGUCUGCUGCUGUUUGAAAAGCGUCUUUGCGGCCAGAGCAGAAAAAUCACGUUCAGCCAUUUUAUGAAACAUGCAUCGCUCCCAACAAAGUCCAUAGCAGCGAAUAGAGAACCUUUUUUGUUUUGUUUCCUUUUUUGCUUUUUUUUUCAUCUGGCUCGUCCAUGAAACUUAGAUGUGUGCGUGUUUUGCCUGGCGUCCGCUUCGCCGGCGAUAAAUCUCUUUCUCUAUACUCUUCUCUGCUCUAUUCCCCGUUUCGUUUGCCGCGUGCGCGAGUGCAGAGACAUUUCUUUAACCUCUCUGGCUUGCUGCGGCGUGCAAACAAACAAGGCUAUAGCUACUACUGCCGCUGCGACGAGUGCUGCGUGCGAAUUCUCGACAAUUAUUUCUGCCCACGCGCAGGAAGUAAAAUUUAAUAACAAAUUACGCCAUGUACAUGUGUAUGUAUAUCAGACUUUUGUAAAUAAACACAAGCCAAAAACGAAAACGAAAUAAAGAAGCGCGAAAACCCGAGGAAGAAGACAUAUAUAUUAUAUUAUAUAUUUAUCGACAGAGAGUAAAAAGCCACGCCGAGCUGAGUGAUUUUCUAUUAAAACGACGCGAAGAAGCGAAAAACAUGACGAAACGUUUAUUCUUAAUGUUAUAUAUCAAAGUUAGACUGUGUAACAAUAAAAACAUAUAUAUCAAAAGUUA